UUUCUGCAUGUUGCGUUCUGUAAAGGGAAACCUUUGAGCUCUUGCCCUUACAUAACGCAGGCCAAAUUACUGUAGUUAACAGGCUAGUAGCGUGCUGUAGAAUAAUGUAGGCUAUACGCCAAAUUCACAAGCACAAAGCUUCGGGAAUGGAAACCGAAAGUGAUGUGUGAUGAAGAGAAACGAAAUCAUGACUUCACCGGGGGGUUGGGUCAUCAGCUGUAUAAAGCAGCGCUCAGAAUGCUUCUGCAGAAUCUGAAUCAUCUGGCGAUCAAGCAACUCGUAUAUCAACGAUCGACAUCAGUGACUACAAACUUAAGAAUCGACUAACGAAGAAUGGAUAUUCAAAUCAAAUUCCUGAACGGACAUACGUACCCCCUGGCGGUGAACUCAAGUAUAACCGUUGGAGAUUUAAAGAAACGCAUCGAGCAGCUGAGCGGCGAUGCACCUGCACGUCAGAGACUCUCAAACGGAAACGGGAUUAACUUCAGCAAUGAUUCCAGCACCCUCGGUGACCUCGGCUUGAAGUCUGGUUGCUCGCUCAUGGUUCUGGUAACGGACCCCGCGCCUAUUCAGGUGUUCCUAAAGAACGAGAAAGGUCAGACUUCCACCUAUGACGUGACGCCUGGUGAAACCGUCACUGCUUUCAAAAGCAAGGUCCACAUAAGGGAGAGGGUUCCAGUAGACCAACAGAGACUGAUUUUCGAGGGCAAGCAGCUUGAUGAUGGGCGCACACUGGAAGACUACAACAUUAGAUCUGAGAGCACCAUCUAUCUCACACUCCGUCUCAGAGGAGGUUAAUUUGAAAAUGAAUUAAUCUGAGGAUUAUUUAAUUCUAUUUAAUAGAAUCAUUUAUAAUAAUUGAGCACAAAUCAUUCCGAUGCCAAACAUUUUCUUUUAAUAUUACCCAUUCAUUUCAAUGAUUAACUUAAUUGUUAGAUAUAGGCCUUAUUGUUAAUGUUUGUCUGUUAAUAAGUUAAUAUGCUUGAAUAAACAUCUUUUAAAAAUA